UGUCAAAUAAACUUUAAGAAGCAGAAAAAAAAAAACAAUUUGAAAGCGUAGAAAAGCUUCUAGGGUUUCAAGAUAUGAAGUUCACAAAAUUAAUGUCCAUCACAUUCGUGAUAAUUGCCAUGACGUCUCUCUUUCCGAUCAGAGCAACCACGGUUGGAGGGUUAGGAGAAACGGCACAAUCUUGUGUUCCAACAGAGCUCUUGCCGUGCUUACCUGCGAUAACCAUAGGAGGAGAACCAGCUAAAGAUUGUUGUGAUAAACUAAAAGAGCAGCAACCGUGUUUCUGUGAUUAUAUAAAAAAUCCAAUGUAUAGUAUGUAUGUUACUUCUCCAAACGCUCGUAAAGUCUUAGAUGCUUGUAAGAUUCCUUUUCCUAGUUGUUGAAGUUCUCAAAAUAUUUACAAAAAAAAAUUAUAUAUUGAUAAAA